AUGCACGGUAUGGGCCAUGGCUCGCAUUGGAACCCACCCAGGAAGGAGGAGGUAUUACGCAAGGUCCUGGAGUACGAGAUAAUUCUAAAGGCUGAAGCUUGGAGAAUGGGUAAAAGGCGGUGGAAUGUGUAUCUCAACAUUCCUGAUGAGUGGGUUCUGGGAAGAGAUUACAGCGAGAGUGAACUUGAAUGUGACCCCUUAUUCAACGAUAACUCUGAUGCCACAUCUGUAGACGAGUUGUCCGACGUCGUAGCUCCUUCGCUGCCUGUUGAAGAAGAAAUUGUGCCCGUGAAACGUCGCUGUGCUUCGAAGAGGAUCCAGAGAGGGACAAAAAGAAAAUAG